AUGCUGUACCUAGCCAUUGAAGCCACUAUGAGUGACAAUAUUAAGCAAAUUUAUCCGGAAGAUACGGAGCAAGAUGCAGCUCAGUACACCUUUGAUCUCGUUUGCACCCACUGCAGAGAGCAACACAGCUCUUCUGUUGGCAUGAAUCGGUUCGAAAAGACUGAAAUGCCGGGAAGUAGAGGAGAGGCGUCUUUUGUCAUGCGGUGCAAAUUCUGUGGUAGCGAUUGCUCAAUAAACAUUUCCUCCUUUGAACAAUACUUGUACAAUCCUGCUGAAGCAGACCCAGGCCAGAUCCAGAAGAUGAAGGAUAUUAGGAAGAAGAACGGAAUCAAGAACGUGCCGUCGGAAAGUUGCGUGUUGCUCUCUUUAGACUGCCGUGGCUGCGAGGUUACGCAGUUCCAUCCUGAGAACCUAAACUUCAAUGCAGAGUUGACUUCAGGGAAACAAAUGACUUUCGAGCUGGAGGACGGUCGUGAAUGGUAUGAUUAUGAUGAUGAUUCGAACGAGGAAGUAACUGUCACCGAUUUUCGGGGAACCAUAAUUAAAGGAAAGUAA